AAAAUUAAUGAGAAUCCGAGGAAUUUGGGUCUCUAUCUGUCUCUCUACUCUUUUAAUGGCGGCCCUCCUUUGAAACUCCUCUUAUUUUGCUAGCCGGAAAAUUCUAUUUUUCCGGCGAAACUGCUGGAAUCCGGCGUUGUCUAUACGUUUACUUUCUCUUUCUGUUAUUUUCCAGCUUCUUGUGCUCAUUUUAGCCAGAACUUUGCACCAAAGGAUCGAUGGUAUUGCACUGGUUUAGCGCUGCAGGGCUGGACUGAAUCGCCUACUAAUCAGCAGUAUAUUGUUAGAUUUUUCCAUAAAUUCGUUAGGUUUUGGAGCUCGCUUGAAUUCGGUCAUUUUUGGGUAUCAAACUGCUAGGAUUCCGAGUUCUUCAAAAUCUGAUCUUUUUUGGUUGAAUCUCUGAAAAAAACAUCUACCUGCCAUUUUAAACCAGUGAACUUCAUCAAAACUCCUCCAUUUUUUCUGGAUCCAUUUAUAAAGCAGUUACAGGACCAGUAGAGCUCGUAAACUUCAUCAAUGUCAACUCCUACUCCAUCGCCUUCUCCACCCUCGCCACCGGCUUCAUCUCCACCUCCAUCAACGCCAUCCGCACCUCCUCCCUCUUCAAACUCCACUUCUCCUCCUCCUCCCUCUUCAAACUCCACCUCUCCUCCUCCUCCUUCGAACCCAUCUCCUCCUCCUUCUUCAAAUCCUCCACCACCUGCGACUCUAUCCCCUCCUCCUCCUGAUACAUCAACUCCUCCUUCUUCUUCUCCCCCAUCUCCUCCUUCUUCUUCUUCACCUCCUCCUCCUUCUUCAACUGACCGAUCUCCUCCAUCCACUACUCGAUCGCCACCACCACCACCUUCAUCCUCUGAUUCGGGUUCCUCUUCAGUUCCAGUUGGAUUGGUGGUGGGAGUUGCAGUUGCAGGGGUGGUUUUGCUGGUUUUUGCCAGCUUGUUGUUCAUAUGUUGCAAGAAGAAGAGGAGAAGGCAUGAUUAUCCACCACCUUAUUAUGGCCAUCCAACCCCACCUCCUAAAGCUGACCCUUACAGUGGUGCUCCGCAAAACUGGCAGCACAAUGCCCCACCACCAGGGGACCACGUAGUAAAAAUCCCCCCACCACCUUCACCCCCUCCUGUCUAUUCUUCAAGGCCACCCCAGCCACCACCUCCUCCCCCACCACCCAUAACUAGUAGUGGAGGUUCAGGGUCCAAUUAUUCAGGCUCUGAGAACCAACUCCCACCACUUUCACCGGGCCUCACCUUUGGUUUCUCGAAGAGCACCUUUACCUAUGAAGAAUUGGCCGUAGCCACAAAUGGUUUUUCAAAUGCGAAUCUUCUUGGGCAAGGUGGCUUUGGCUAUGUGCACAAAGGGGUGCUCCCUAAUGGUAGAGAGGUUGCAGUGAAGCAAUUGAAGUUGGGUAGUGGGCAAGGAGAGCGAGAAUUUCAGGCAGAAGUGGAGAUUAUUAGUCGAGUUCACCAUCGACAUCUGGUGUCAUUGGUUGGUUAUUGCAUUGCCGGUGGACAGAGGAUGCUGGUCUAUGAGUUUGUUCCCAACAACACUCUAGAGUUCCAUCUACAUGGAAAGGGGAGACCAACUAUGGAAUGGCCAACAAGACUUAAAAUUGCAUUGGGGUCAGCAAAGGGAUUGGCUUAUCUCCAUGAGGACUGUCAUCCGCGGAUUAUCCACCGUGAUAUCAAGGCGGCUAACAUUCUUCUUGAUUACAAAUUUGAAGCCAUGGUUGCAGAUUUUGGACUUGCAAAGCUUUCUACAGACAACAACACUCACGUUUCCACUAGAGUGAUGGGAACUUUUGGGUACCUGGCCCCGGAAUAUGCAUCCAGUGGCAAACUCACAGAGAAGUCGGACGUUUUCUCAUAUGGAGUUAUGCUUCUUGAACUGAUCACAGGGCGUCGACCUGUUGAUAGCUCUCAAUGCUUCAUGGACGAGAGCUUGGUUGAUUGGGCGAGACCAUUACUAUUGCGGGCACUUGAGGAGGGCAAUUUCGACUCUCUAGUUGAUCCACGUUUGCACAACUUCCCCAUCAACGAAAUGCGGCGAAUGGUCGCCUGUGCUGCUGCAUGUGUACGUCAUUCUGCUCGUAGGAGGCCUCGAAUGAGCCAGAUAGUUCGGGCCUUGGAAGGGGAUGUAUCCCUUGACGAUCUAAAUGAGGGUGUUAGGCCAGGACAUAGCCAUGUCUACAGCUAUGGCAGCUCUGAUUAUGACUCCGGAAUGUACAAUGAAGACAUGAAAAAGUUUCGAAAAAUGGCUCUCGCAAGCCAAGACUAUGGAAGCAGUGAAUAUAGCAAUCCAACCAGUGACUAUGGCCUCAACCCGUCGGCCUCAAGUAGUGAAGGUCGACAAACUCGAGAGCAAACUAGAGAGAUGGAGAUGGCAAAGACGAAGGGAGAGAGUCAAACUAACAGUGGAAACCCUUGAAAACAUCUGGGAAAGCAUGAAUAAGGUUUAUAAUCUUCCUUUUCCUUCUUUUUGGGAUGCCAAAUAUGUCUAAUUUCCUUUUCCUUUUUUUUUUAUUUUUAUUCCUGUAUUUGACAUGGGAAAAUGGAGGUAUGCAAGUGAGUGAACAGGGAGUAUAGUUUUGGGCAGGUUUCUUGGUUAUGUCGAUAUAUUUUAUUUUAUUUAUUUCUUACAACAUAAGAGUUAACACUCUAAUUCUUUUGCUAGCAACCUGUUGCUAGCUUGCUUGAAGUGUAUCGGAUUUGGCGUAGGUACUCAAAUUUUAUCCUGUUUGAAUUGGGAUCUCAA